AUGCAUCUCCCCACCCUCCUCACCCUCACCAUCUCCCUCCUCCCCACCAUCCCCGCCCACCCCUCCAGUACCACCAAUACCAAACGCGCCGAAAUCGCCAAAGCCGGCUCAACCUGCGACCCCAAAUUCAAGUCCUCAAUCUACCCCCUCUCCCCGGAACUCUCCUUCGCCAUCGAAGUCCUGCCCGCCUCGUCCUCCAACAAAGACCUCUUCCACACCCACGUCUUCAUCGGCUCCGAGAAGAUCCUCAACCCGCUCGACGCACCCCUCGACUACAUCGCCAAUCCCUGGGAGUAUUCCUACACGAAACAAGCCGCCUUCAAUUUAUUGUCAAACGGCACGUUGGUGAUGGAUAAUAUGUGGUGCGAUGUUGUGGCCGAGCAUUGGUUUGGGGAGAGUGCCAUACCUGCGUGUCCGGCGCUGCCGACGCUGAGGAGGGAUGAGGGGAAGUGGGAGGUGAGGAGUAGAUGUGUGGAUGGCGUUGUGAGGUUGGGGCUUGAGUGGGGGGAUGGGAAGAGGGGGGGUUGGAGGGUUGCGCGGGAGGAGAAUCCGGGACAUGAGGUUAAGCAGAGGGUUCAUUGGGGGAGGGUGGAUGGGAAGCAGCCGCGUGAGUUUUUUUUCUUUCUCUUUUCUUUUCUCUCUCUUUGGUUUUUUAAUGAGCUACUUUUCUGGGUUCCUUUUUGGGUGUGAUGUUUGAUAUUUCAUGUAAGAUGUUGAAGUUAAUCCUAACGAAUCGACAGAAAUCGAGGUCUACCUCAUCGUCAGUGUCUUCUAA